UGGGAACCCAUGGGGCAUGUGAGUUACCAUGACCAAAAUAGUCCUCCUUAAAUUACUUUUGGCAGCAGGGAUCACAUUGAUUUUAAUGUUGCCAGAAUAUUUCAAGACAUCCAAAGGAAAUACUUUGGAGUUAUCAUGUCUGAAAACAUUAUUACAAUCUAAUUUCACCUACUUGUUUCCCUUAAAUUUUUCUUUUGUGACUUUUGUGCAACCCAUAAGGGAAACUCAACUGGUGAUGGGAAUCUUUCAAAAUCACACCAACUUUCAAAACAUUGCCAAGAUUUGCCAGAACGUCAAAAGUGAAUUUAAAAGGUGCCACUUGUGUUUAGCUUGUGAAUCCAAAGGAAAUAGGAAUUUUAUUUCACAAGAACAAACAUCAAAAGCUCUUGUCAUAAGAGGUUCAAUAGAAGAGAAGACAAAUGACCUUGAUUCAUCUUGUCGACAUUUGUAUAUCACUGUUCCUUCUACAAUCAACCAUUUGGAGGAAUAUAACAUUACCCAGAACCUGAAAGCCCACCCUUAUGCAGAAAUUUCUGAUGGAGGUCCAACUCAGGACAAGUCUAGAAAUCAUACUUGUACAAUUAUGAACUAUCCAAAUAAUUGUACACACAUUUCUUUGCACCUGGAAAUGGAUGUCAAAAAUUUUAUUUGCUCCACAAAGAUCACUUGGUAUAUUUUAGUUCUAUUGGUUUUUAUAUUUUCACUUAUCUUCACUAUCUACAAAGUACUUGAAGACCUCAGAAGAGCACACAAGUGGCAGAGUCAUAAGUACACAUCUACAUCUGCUCUCUUAAGAGAAAGUGAUUCAGAGAAACUGCAAACGCUGAAUGUGUGGGUGGUUGCAGAUUAUCCCUUUGAAUUCCUCUGGAAAAUCUGUAUGGAACUCUUUUGA